UCCAUUUUCAUGGCAUUUCUGAUUGAUGAUGCUAAAUUCUUAGUGAAUCUGGGUGUGCGCACGGGUUUUACAUUUCAUUGAGCCCUGCUUGUUCUUUGUUCAUAUUGUUUUGCACUAAUUAGGGUGCUUCAUUGCUCAUUUUAGUUAAGAUCCUGAUCUGGGAUUUUGUUUGUGUUUCAAUUAGGGGAAAUUGUGGUAUUUUUGGUAGAUCGAAGGUGAACUCGAUGCAGUGGGAGUGUGGGUGAAUUUCCGAAUUAAUGAUUUUGUGGAUUUUCUAGGUUUGGGCUCCCAAGGUUGAAUUUCAGGACUUUUUUUUGGAGCUAGGCUGUUUCUGUUUGUAUGCUUGAGUAGGUUUAUUGUUGGGGGCAACUGAAAUUCGUGAUGGAUAGCAACAAAGACGAGGCGUUGAGAUGUGUAAACAUUGCGAAAGAGGCAAUUGCAGCUGGUAAUAAGCAAAGAGCCGUGAAAUUUAUUGGAAUUGCUCGCCGCCUUAACCAGAGUUUAUCCGUGGAUGAUCUCUUGGCCGCCUGUGAGGACCUCGAUCCGUCUUCUUCUGCCGGCCCAUCUAGUAAUGCGAAGAAGGUUUCCACGAACGAUAAGGGUGCUGCUAGUUCUGAUUUUAUUUCAAACGGGGAGAGGAAUUACACAGAGGAGCACGUUGUAUUAGUGAGGCAGAUCAAGACGAAGAAGGAUUACUACUCGAUUCUCGGGGUGGAGAAGAGCUGUUCGGUAGAGGAGAUUAGGAAGGCAUAUAGGAAGCUUUCUUUGAAAGUUCAUCCUGAUAAGAACAAGGCACCGGGUUCUGAGGAGGCUUUCAAGAAAGUUAGCAAGGCUUUCAAGUGCUUGAGUGAGGAUGAGUCGAGGAGGCAGUAUGAUCAGACCGGUUUUGUGGAUGAGUUUGAGCAUAACCAGCAGUAUCAGGCUAGGAGGAGGCGGAGGAGAACAGGGAACGACUUCUUUGAUGAUGAAUUUGAUCCUGAUGAGAUAUUCAGAGCAUUUUUUGGUCAACGUGACGCCUUCAGGAAUGCUCACGUGUACAGGACUAGAGCGCAUACUGCUGCUGCACAUCAGAGGGAAGAUUUGGGUAACACGGGCCCUAGUCUUAUGCUUCUUCUCCAGUUGCUUCCGUUUUUGAUAAUCGUUCUGCUUGCUUAUCUUCCAUUCUCGGAGCCUGACUACUCGUUGCAGAAGAACUAUUCUUACCAGUUUAAAAAGAUGACAGAGAAACAUGGAGUAGAGUUCUUUGUCAAGUCAUCUGAAUUUGAUACAACCUAUCCAGCUGGAACCCCUGGUCGGCAUGAAAUUGAGAAUAACGCUAUUAAGGAUUACAAGCAUAUGCUUGGACGUUACUGUCACAUGGAAAUGCAGAGGCGUCACUGGAAUAGGCAUUUCCCAACUCCUCAUUGCGAUAGGCUUCAAAGUUUUGCCUCAUGAAGUAUGAGCAGAUCCUCCAAGUUGAUGACCUCCCAGUUGGAGAUUCACACAUUGUCACAUGCAUGGAUUGACGGAAAUCCCUCGCUGGUAGUAGAACUUGAAAGAGGCUUUCUUCCUCUCGUUUCUAAUUCGAGCUCUUGGGCAUGAGCUCAUUGUUGCCAUUGGACUUGAACGAGGGUUUUUGUCUGAGGAAGGUCUUUUUGCAAGGGAACCAUGCGAUAGUUAGUCAUCAUUUCGUUUAUGUAUAUCAACAUUGCCACACACUGCGAUUUUAGCCAAUAAUAAGGUGAGGUUUGAGAGCUUUUUGUUACGCCAAAUUGGCUCCUUCUCAUUUUAAUCUUGUAUUAUUUCAUCAUCUUUGUUUGUCUUCACAAGUAUGGAUUUGGUAUUACAGUACUGAAAUGACUUUAUUUGAUCGCA